UGAUGAACAAUUUGUAGGCAUAUGUUUAUUGAUUCAGAUUCUUCUAUCUUCGUUGGAGGAAUGUGAUGAAUGAGCUGAGUAAGUAAUGUGAUGUAGAGACCUAGAAGGAGCCAAAAGGAGAGAAAGAAGAGGAUGUUAAGCUUGAGCAAUAGCGAACGGCAGCUCAUCCUCGAGUAUCGGUCUCGAGUGGCUGCAGCAAAAGCGAAGAGAAGUACUACAUCAAAAGCCGUUCUUUCCGCUUCCUCCGACACGGUCCGGAAUAGCACUGAGGUCGUUGUCGCGGCUGAUGGCGUCUACUUGCGGGACCGACGUGAUAACAGCUUUCGACGUGUCCGUAACAAUCCCGGACGCACAACUGAAGAUGUGAGAGACGAAGCCAGCGACGUCGAGGCUAGUUUCGGUGAUGCGGCGACCGCCGCCGCUGAUGUUCACGGGAGCAAUCCGCCAAGGGACAGCGUCCAGCACGACGCCUUGCAAUCGACGAAUGGAACGGAAAGUUUUGUGAUCGAUGGCAAGGGUGCUGAAAGUGGAGGGCCUGAAAAUAAUGGAAACAACCCUGCUAAAAAAAUUUAUGAUGAUCAAGCACGACAACGAAGCGUGGACCCAGUCGAUGAUGUCGGGGGCUUGUAUAAUUCCUACUUACGCGAGAGUAUUAACUCUUCCAUGUGCGGUCCUCCCGAUGUUCUUGUCGAGGGGAAUGACGAUUUCCUAAAGACCCCCGCAGCAGCGUCGAAACAAGUACGAAGAUCAAAAAUCCUUGGUACGUCCACGGACCGAUGGGCCCCUGAGAAUUUGGGUCAGCACAGUAUGAACAAGAGUGCAAGCUCCUCCAAAUCUGUCUCCACAGCCGUCCCCGCUACAUCACACACUGGGUCGAAGGUGACGUCGGAGGUAGAUCUUGGCGGACCCACUUUUGACGCAGAAAGUCAAAGUGCCGAAGCAGCUGCCUUUUCGCGUCUGAUGGCAGCAGCGCCAAGACAGGCACAAACGCUUGAACAGAAUAUCCGACCGCAACCUAGACUUUUCAAUAUGCCAGAGUGUACUAGUAGUGUCUCCUAUGACAAGGGUCCUUCUGUUCCGCAAGGAGGACAGCAGGACGCAACAACAAGCAGCAUGCGUAGAAGACACGAGGUUGCGCACAGAGACGCAGGCGUUAGCCCGACCACUUCGUUUGCAUACUCGAGACCACUCUCCGCAGCCUCUUCGCGAAUCAUGAAGGAGCGGUCCUCUAUUGGGGGGACAUCUGGAGAUGCAUUCCGGGACGACCUCUCAUACUCUUUUCGCGGUCCGAGGCCUCCUGCAGAACGUCCCAGUCCUCUUAUGCGUUGUACUAGUACGCCGAUGCUUCCUUUCGUUGAUGAAGCGGCGCUCCAAGAUUUGAGACGCUACAAGUCGGAGAGAGUUUUGCUUCCAAACUAUGUUGGUGAACCUGAAACAUUGAUGAUGGAUCACGACUGGAGGACUCAGUCAGGACCGGAUAACGUAGGUCUUUCUCUCCAUUAUCGAAGCAGCGGGCAGUAUUAUGAACAAAACGUAAACCGCUCGGCGUCGUUUGGAGAUGGGGAUCAUCUGAGAACAAUCAGGAGUACAACAAGCAAUACCGCAAGGUUCUGUUCACCGCAUCGGCACGCGAUUCCUCGUACAACCUUGGCGCCAGAAGUAGCGACACCGCAGGGCUCGCGUUUGUACGAGGACUACGGGAGAGACGCGUUUACACUACAACAAGUACACGAUAUGGCACCUCACGGUAUCAUCUUCAACAACCGAAUACAACAGUAUCAUCCAUCAAGAGACAAUAUGCAACCGAUUAAAACCAACAGAAUACAUGAUAAUGCAGGGUGUGUAUCAAGAUUAGAUAGUCAAAAUAGAAGAAGAGGACUCGUUGAUCGGCUGCCACCCUGGAAGAUGGUGCAAUACCAACCCUUGCCGCGCCAGCCCUUCGCGGGUUCUUACAGCUACUUGGGUCCACGUGGGCAGAUUUUUCGCCGAGAGCCCACACCGCCGAGAAAAGGUAGCUUGCGAAGCGGUCAGAGCCGCGCGACAUCUUUGGAUUCACAGUACCGGCGACCGGCAUGGCGCUCGACGAGUCGCAAUGCGCCUCCACCACAGUCGCUUUCGUCACGUCCGGGAUCACGAUCAGCCUUUCGCUUGGGACCACGUGACGGCGCGCAAGAUUUUCGUUUCCAUGAUGAACGCAGUCUUGGAAGAUUCAGAAGAGAUCAUCAACGACAACACUAUGCUGGCCAUCUGCACACUUUGACGAGGGACAACUACAGUGACCACACUGGUGCCACGUAUACAUACGGACCUCGCGGUCCUUUUACUGCCUCUGAUUUCGCCGCUUUCUACCCGGCCAGCAGGUCUAGACUCACAUCAAGACCGCUUGAUCAUCCUUUCUACGAUAGAGAUACAGUCAAGGUAAGAGAAUUUAUGCCAACAACUACCAUGCCGCGCGAUUCUGCUUACACUGACCAAGAUCUAGCCCUGCUCAUCGCGCGUGGGCAAUCGCAAGAAAGGUUUUUGAGCCGUUAUGGCAAUUGACUCGGGCGCUUUGCCGCGUCUCAGUGCAGAAU